CACUUUUUUAGGGCAGGCUUAAGGGGAAACCUCUGAUGAAACAAUUCCACCAGACGGGUUGCAGAAACCAAUAACCGGGAUGAAGGGUCUGGUGAGGAGGCUGUCAGGGAGGGCACAGGGGUGGGCGUGAAGGCUUUGAUUUGUAUAGUGGGCAAGACAGGCUGUGCAGGAAAGGCACCUGGAGUAAUACAAGGAACAGAGGGCACUGUAGGAUGUAUGGGGGCAGUACAGGAGACAGAAGGCACGGUAGAGUGUAGGGGGACAGGACUGGGAACAGAGGGUUCAGUAGCUACUAAUGUGGAACCCACGGCUGGCUCCAAAGCAGCUGAAGGGAAUUUUGGGGUCUCAGCAUGCAGGGCACAUGAAUCUGGGAACUCAGAUGGUACAGAGGUCACAGAUGUUGGGACCUCCACCCAUCCGAAAAGGUCGCGAUAUAGGCGCUCUGAGCUGCAACAUAUGUAA